UAGGGUUCUUGGCGAGGAGGAAGAAGGGCUUUUUACUCUAGGGCUGGUGAGUAAGAAGAGAAGAUCCAUCGAUGGCGGGACAGCAGCAGCGCCUCAAUGUGGUGCCGACCGUGACGGUCCUGGGCGCGAUCAAGGCGCGGCUGAUCGGCGCCACAAAGGGGCACCAGCUGCUCAAGAAGAAGAGCGAUGCCCUGACGAUGCAGUUCCGGCAGAUCCUCAAGCGCAUCGUCCAGACCAAGGAGGCGAUGGGCGACACCAUGAAAUCCGCCUCCUUCGCGCUGACGGAGGUGAAAUACACGGCUGGGGACAGCAUCAAGCACGUCGUCCUCGAGAAUGUGGACGCCGCGACGAUCAAGGUGAGGGCCAAGCAGGAGAAUGUGGCGGGCGUCAAGAUCCCGAAAUUCGAGCACUACGUCGAGGCGGUGGAGACCAAGAACGAUCUCACGGGCCUCGCUCGAGGGGGCCGCCAGGUCCAGCUCUGUAAGUCCUCCUUCAUCAAGGCAGUGGAGCUUCUGGUGGAGCUGGCGUCUCUCCAGACCUCCUUUCUCACGCUGGACGAGGCGAUCAAGACGACCAACCGGAGAGUGAACGCGCUGGAGAACGUCGUCAAGCCGAGGAUCGAAAACACCAUCCUCUACAUCAAAGGCGAGCUGGACGAGCUCGAGAGAGAGGAGUUUUUCCGGCUGAAGAAGAUCCAGGGAUUCAAGAAGAAGGAAGUCGAGAGGAAGAGACUCGAGGCGGUCGGGAAAGCUCCAAAGAAGCCGGCUCCUCCGCCCGCGAAGAAAGGUGGCGGGUUCUUCUCGAGUAGCCGGAGUCCGAGUCCGCCACCCCGUCCGAGCAGCCCGAGCCCGAGCUAUCGGAGCGACGAGACCGACUCUUCUUACAGGAGUGAGAGUGGCGGUGGCGGUGGUGGUCACCAGGCUGCUGCUUCCACCACGACUGGAUCAUCGUUUGCGUCUCAUAGUAACGAUCAGAGCGACGAUUUCCAAGACUUUGGGAACUCGGGCUACAAAUCCAACUCAAACAUGCUGCUGUCCGAGACCGAUCGCGACGAAGAUAUCAUGUUCUAAGACUGAUCGAGGUGGGCUUCUACUAUAUCUAAUUCUCAUGCGUGCUGCUCGUCCAGGAGUGAACUUCGUCGAUCAGAUCGUCCUUGAAUCGCCUGGAUUCGAGUCUAGGAAACCAAAAGAGAGAGAGAGAGAGAGAAGGAACGCGAGAAUAAGGAGAGCUUUGUGUGAAUAAGUGAGCGUUUUUUUUUUUCCUCUCGAAGAACUUUUUUACUUCAUAACUUUUUUUCUU